AUGUCAUUUGCAAUAAAUAAAAAUUUUUCACGAUCUCAUCGACAUAUCGAUUCGGACAAAAAUCAUUCGACUUCAUCAUUUCUAGAUUCAUUUGAAAAUCGUAUCAUAUCUAAUAUAACUCAACGUACACCAAUCAUAAUUCAAACUUUAACUAAUCUUUGUCAAAUACUCGAUGAUUAUCCUUUAACUGAAAUAAAAAUCGACGAAAUUCAACAGGGAACUAUCGAUUGUAUAUUAUGGAAUAACGAUCAUUCCUAUCCAAUUGCAAUUAAUCAAAAUAAACAAUUAAUUCAAUUUCGACAAUCAAUACGUAAAUUUAUUUAUGAAUUUCUUGAAUUUGCACAAGAAAUUUAUACAAUAAAUGAUAAAAAUAAUGAUAUGAAUCUUAUGAUACAAAAAACAAUGAAAUAUUUAAUCUUAUUAAAUGAUUAUCGAAAAAAAAGACAACGUGCAUAUGAUUAUACAUUAUUAGAAUUAAUUCAUGUAGAUAAACAACAUUUUCAUCAAUUACGAUUUAUUUCUCUAUAUUUAAGACAAUUUUUUUUAAAAUUAAUUUCAUUUAUGAAUUCAAAAUAA